GAAUCUGGUUCUGAAUGUCUCACUCGUUCGACGCGAGUUGAUAUUGCAUCUGAUCCACGGAGGCGGUUGCCCUUGGUGAAGCCGUGUUCUGUGGUACAGGAGUGGGAUGCCGUGGAGGAGCGGAUUGCGCCGUGUUCACCCUGGCGAUCACAUUCUGUGGUUCGCGAGGAGCUGCAUGCCGAGCCGCGGCACAGUACUGGGCUUCUGGUUCGCACUUGUGCCACUGUUCAUGUUGGUGGUCCGCACAUGGUGUUCCACCCGGGACAAUGGGGCCUUGGUCUGGCCUAGUCAAUGGCUGGGGUCAAGCCGCGGCUACCAACCCUGUGGGAUUGAUUGAGAAUAUUCUCGGCCUUUAGUGCAAGGUGCUUCCCAUUCGUCACUCGUGUGAAGCGGUGGCGGCGACAAACCCUAGACCGUGUGGAGUGGUAUUUCUACAAAGUACUUUUGCCACCCGUGAGUUUGAUCCUUAUUCUUCUUCUAGUUCUCCACAAUCCGGGAUCCCAGGCGAUUCCAGAUCUAUCGCGUAGGUUGCGGCUGGUCCGACCAUGGAGCGGCAACGACCUCGGGUGUGUGGUGAUCGACGUUCCCCUACGCGGAAUCUUCGACCACCACCUCGCAGCGGGGGGCUGGGAGGUCGUGGACGCGGUGGUUCCGACGAUUGGCGCAACAAUGCGGCUCUGGUGGCGCAGGAGGAGCGUCUUCGGGAGGAGGAUCGUGCUCGUGCGGCCCGCAGUCUGGAGGAGCGGCGCCUUGCAGAUCUGAAACGCACGAAGGAGAAGCGGCUCCAACUGGAGCGCAUCAAGGAGGCGGAUCCUCAUCGUGCGGAGGAGAUUCGUCGGCUGGAGGAACGUCAGAGGGAGGAUUUGCACUUGGAGGAGGAACUUCGGGCGCAAGGCUUGGCGGCGGCAGGUGAACGUGUCCCCAUCUCGGGCGCGGAUCACGACCGCUGGAGUCAUCGUCGGGAGAUGCAGCGGGAGAGAGGGGUGAUCUCUGCUACUCCUUCUUCGCCCUCUGCUCCCAUCGUGGGUGCAGCUGUGGCUAGCACUUCUUCGGCCACUGCUGCGGUCUCACGCUCGAGAUUGUGUGGAGUGUAAUCCCUGUUGUUGCGAAGAGUGUGAUAGCCACGACAACUCGGGACAAGG